UCCACUUGGCACCUAUUAAGUGCAUAAACAUCUGUGCUUAAAAUUGACUCCGUCAAUAACUAAACAUACAAUUUAAUUGUUUUAAUCUGUAUUCCACUUUUUAAAGUUUGAAAAGGAAAAAAAGACUCAUUAUAGAUUGUUAUCAGUGAUGUCAGCAAAAUUCCCAGAACUUUUACAUUUAUUUUCUUGUAUCUGAAUAAUAACAAAAUUUAACACAACAAUAAACAAUACUUAUUAAGAACAAUUAUAUAAUGGAGCUAGUUAACGACUCCAACUUUAACAGUGCAGCCACACCACGCAGCCUGAAUCCCCCAAGACCUCCAAUUGCAAUUUCCAUCGCACACUCCAAACUACGUUAUCAACACCAAUUAUUUCAACUUGCAAAUUUAAGUACCCACCCGGAACAAAUCACAUCCACAAGUAAAACUGAAAGAUCGACAGUAAAGUCGGAUAUUUCAAAAACAUAGUUAAAUAUCUGACUGCCUUAUCAAAACUCCUCACCUCUAUUGAAGACAUCCACCAGAAGUUAAAAAAUGACAUUAACACCUUGGUUGGUCAUAUUUCCUCCUCCUCCGGUCUCCUCUCGGAUUCGCAGAAACAGUUCUUUCAAGAUUAUUCGUAAAGACAGGUACUAAUUGGAAGAGAAAUUCGUCGAUUUGCCACAGACCUUGCGAACAUGGAAACCCAAGUCGGACAAAGUUCGCGCUUAUCUAAUUCUCCAUGGAAGCAGACCCGGUGUCAUUGUAAGGAAGAGAUUAAUAAAGAAGUAGUCUCUCUUAUGGAAGCUGAAUGCAGUUGUAUGAUUUGUGAAGAGAUUUUUGUAGAUGCCACUGUAACCCAAUGCGGCCACACUUUUUGCGAUCUCUGCGUAAAGAAAUGGUACUGCACCUCGCCCAAGCAAGACUGUCCAAUGUGCCGUCAACCCCUCGCAAUAGGCACCGUCAAACGAAACGUGGAGGUGGACAGUUUUGUUACCCGAUUGCAUUUACGCCUUUCCGACAAAAUCAAAAGAACUCGGAACAGUCUUCUAAAAACGCGAAGGUCAAACGUCUUAAAAUUCAAUGCCAAGUUACCCAACUGCCAAUCCGUCUCUUUACCAGCCACGCCAAUUACCUCUACUGAUGAAGAAGACUUUCGUCGAAUCCGAACUCAACUCCGGACAGAAUUAUCGUCUUCCCGUGACCACGACGCGCAAAUCCCUACCGUCACCUUGGAGCUGGACAAAGUUGACGCUUCAGUCCAAACCGACGACCCUCCUUCCCAAUUUGACUCUCUAAACCUUUCCUGCCCUGAAUCCCACACAGUCUCAACUCUGGAGGAACUUUAUCAAGUUCUACAAUCCGAACCUUCCACAAGAUUCGAUCCCCAACCUUCUUCUUCCCUCCUCCCUACUGUUCAUGGCCAAAGUCAGUAUGGAGAAGAAGGAAAUGACGAUGAGGAGGUAUUGAUCCUCCCAACACCUAAAAAGAUUCCUAAAGUUCUGGAUUUUAUCGACAUUACUGACGACCACAGCGACGAGAGAACAAAACCAGGCCCUUCAUCAGUCUUCGUCUCUUCCUCCGUUCAAAAUAGGGCUGACGAACCUAUUGUUCUAGAACCAGUUCCAAGCACAUCCUCCAGUACUGCCGCAAACCUCAAUUCUCCUCCGUACCAAUCCUCAACCGUGGAUUUAUCAGCUCUUGAUGAUAAUACUAUUACUCCCUCCAUUCAAAAUCAGCAGUACCGUACCAACCGUGGUAUAUCGUGGUACCAAAUACCAGGCCCGGGGCCCGCCGGGGCCCGGGCCGGGUCUCUUGCUGUACACUAGAUAAAAUGAACUUUUCGUGUCGACGAUUUUACGAAUAAUUUAUUUAAGCUUACAAGGGACACUCACAACCUGUCGUUUGAGUCCAGGGUACCCACCAUGUUUUUUAGAAUCUACUAGGACCCCAGAUGAA